GAUGCGGCUCCUGCUGCUGCUGCUGUGGCCCGCGGCUCUGUGCCCAGGGGGAGGCGGCGAGGCAGCGCCCGCAGACCUUCAGGGGCCCACCUCGUACCGUGUCAUCCAGAUCUCGUCCUUUGCCAACAGCAGCUGGGCACAGAACCAGGGCUCUGGGUGGCUGGGUGACGUGCAGAUCCACGGCUGGGACGCCGACGCUGGCAGGGCGGUUUUCCUGAAGCCCUGGUCCAAGGGCAACUUCAGUGACGAGGAGAUGGUCGAGCUGGAGGAGAUCAUCCAGGUCUACCUGAGCGGGUUCAUCCUGGAAGUGCAGGACCACGCCCCGGAGUUCCAGAUGCAAUACCCCUUUGAGAUCCAGGGCGUAGCAGGCUGUCAGCUGCACCCCGACGGGGGCACGGUGAGCUUCUUGCGGGGAGCCUUAGGGGGCCUGGACUUCCUGAGCCUCAAGAAUCACUCCUGUGUGCCUGCCCCGGAGGGCGGCAGCAGGGCGCAGCGCAUCUGUGAGCUCACCCUUCAGUAUGAAGGCAUCCGGGAUAUCGCGGAGAAGCUCCUCUUUGAAACCUGCCCUCGGUUUCUCCUGGGCCUACUCGAUGCCGGGAAGGCAGAGCUGAGGAGGCCAGUGCGACCCGAGGCCUGGCUGUCCGCUGGCCCCAGUCCCGGGCCUGGCCGUCUGCAGCUGGUGUGCCACGUCUCCGGCUUCUACCCCAAGCCUGUGUGGGUGAUGUGGAUGCGGGGUGAGCAGGAGCAGCAGGGCACCCGGCAAGGCGACGUCCUGCCCCAUGCUGACGGCACGUGGUAUCUCCAAGCGACCCUGGACGUGGCGGCGCGGGAGGCCGCUGGCUUGUCCUGCAGGGUGAAGCACAGCAGUCUAGGGGGCCAGGACAUGGUCCUCCACUGGGGAAACUCCAUCUCCAUUGGCUUGAUGUCUUUGGCAAUAAUACUGCCCGUCUUGAUCUUUCUGAUAGGUCUUCCGUUUUGGCUUUGGAGGCGCUGGUCCUAUCAGAGUAUCUCAUGAACCCUCGCCAUCUCAUGAACUCUUCUUCCAUUUGGGAUAAGCACUUGGAAGCCCACAGAUUCAAGUUGUCAGCCCUGGGAGCCGGGGAGGGGUCGAUCGCAUCUCAUUUCACCGAAUAAUCCUCCUAUUCAAUAGUAUCAGAGUUCCUAUAGGAUGUAAUGCAAAUCACUAGCUCUAGCAGGAAAAUAAGAGAAAACCAUGAGUUUAUUAUGAGGUGGUAUCAAGAGUAGGAUUCUCCUUGACUUCCUACACAUGAGUGUGGGAGAGAAUGUGUCUCAGAAUAAAUGAAAUAUGAUAUACUGGGACACCUGGGUGGCUCAGCUGUUGAGCAUCCCCCUUCGGCCCAGGGCGUGAUCCUAGAGACCCGGGAUCAAGUCCCAUAUCAGGCUCCCUGCAUGGAGCCUGCUUAUCCCUCAGCCUGUGUCUCUGCCUCUCUCUCGGUGUCUG